AUUUAAUCGAAUAUCUGACGUGUUAUUUUCUCUUCACUUCUUUUCGUGCAGUUUUUGGUUUUUUGGUCUUACAAGCCGAACUUCCUCUAUUGACAAGAAUCCUUCGAUCAACUGCUUGUCUCGUCGGAAAAAUCGGAACUUUUUCGCUCAUUACGUGUGUUCUUCGAUUUCUUCACUCUGUGGAAUCGAAAAAGACAAAUUCUUGAUACCGGCAAUUUAGAAAAAGGAAGCAGAGAAUCCAAGUAUGAAAAAUAUCUCAUUUCGUCAAUUUUCGACUUCGUUCAGUUCAGGUGUGAAACAACCUAUAUUUGAACCAAGAAUUACUGGGAUUUUGGGGAGGAAUUGGAAGCCUCUUCCAGUACCCCACAAAACAAUUCCUGAGCCCAAAGGUCAAGACCUUGAUUUUGUUAAUGUUGCACAUAGCCAUCUGAUUCAUUCUGAUUGGGCUAAGCUUGAUUUGCUAUCCAGUGGUUUGACACCAUUCAGAGUGAAACAUAUAUUGCUCAAGAUUCAGAAGGACCAUGUUCUUUCACAUGAGUUUUUCAAAUGGGUUGGGGUUAAAAAGGCUAGUUUGCAUACCCUUGAAACCCAUUCCAUGAUUCUCCACAUUCUCACUAGAAACGGGAAAUUCAAAUCCGCAGAAUCAAUUUUGAGGGGCAUUAUCGUUUCGGGUUCGAUUGAUUUACCUCCUAAGCUGUUUGAUGAAAUAUUGUAUUCCUACCGCAUUUGUGAUUCUUCUCCCGUUGUCUUUGACUUACUUUUCAAGACUUUUGCUCAUGUGAGAAAAUUCAGAAAUGCCAGUGACACUUUUUGCAGAAUGAAGGAUUAUGGGUUUUUGCCAAGAGUUGAAUCCUGCAAUGCAUAUAUUAGCUCCUUGCUUGAUUUGGAUAGGGUUGAUGUUACAUUUACAUUCUAUAAAGAAAUGCAGCGUUAUCGGAUUUCACCAAACGUUUAUACUCUUAAUAUGGUGAUACGUGCUUAUUGUAAAUCAGGAAAGUUAGAUAAGGCUCUUCAAGUUUUUAAGGAGAUGGAAAGCAUGGGUUGCAGCCCUACUGUCGCCUCUUAUAAUACACUGAUUGCAGGGUACUGUAACAAAGGCCUUCUAAGCUUUGCUAUGAAGCUUAAAAGCUUGAUGGGGAAGAAUGGGAUACUCCCAGAUGUGGUAACUUUUAACACCCUUAUAAAUGGAUUUUGCAAAGAAGGGAAGGUAAGUGAAGCAAAUAAACUUUUUAGUGAGAUGAAAUCUAUAAAUGUGGCUCCUAAUACUGUAACCUACAAUACUUUGAUAAAUGGGUACAGUCAAGGAGGUAAUGCUGAUAUUGGUGCUAAGCUUUAUGAGGAGAUGACAAAGAAUCAAGUUAAGGCUGAUAUCCUAACAUAUAAUGCCUUGAUUUUGGGACUAUGCAAGGAGGGUAAAACAAAAAAGGCUGCAAAUCUGGUAAAAGAACUUGAUAAGGAGAACUUAGUCCCAAACGUGUCUACUUUUUCAGCCCUCAUUGGUGGGCAGUGUGUAAGAAAGAACUCUGAUCGUGCCUUUCAGCUUUAUAAAAGCAUGGUGAGGGCUGGUUACCAUCCAAAUGAACAUACUUUUGGGAUGUUGAUAUCUACAUUCUGCAAGAAUAAAGAUUUUGAUGGAGCAGUCCAAGUUUUGAGAGAAAUGUUUGAUAGAUUAAUUGUUCCUGAUUUGGGUAUGUUAACUGUACUAUGUGAAGGACUUCACAAGAGUGGGAAACAAAAGUUGGUAAUGUCGUUAUGCAGUGAGAUGGAAGUUAGACGUCUCAUGCCUGAAGGCUUUGACAUAGCUAAAGUUAUCUGCCCUGGAACCAUGAAUGAGAACAAAGCAUUUAAUGUUGAUUUAUGAGGUUACUCCAAAAGUCUCUGUCAUGUCGAGUUCUGCCGGUUUGAUACCAUCUGGGAGCUCCCAGUCAAAGUGGUAUAGCAGUUGAGCAAGUGCUAGUUCAACGUUAGCAAGACCAAAUGAUAUGCCUGGACAAAUCCUC